UUAAGGCAGCGAUACAACGUCAGGGUGUAAAAGGCAAACUUCAGUCAGUAGAGAGCGGAGACAAUUGGACCAAGAACCAAAGGGAUUAAUGUCACCGCAAAGAACGUUUUCACACUGGACGGCAACAGACCUGAGCUGACUGAUUUAACAGCGUAUUACAUCUGAUUAAUCUACAUUUAGUCUCAAAGUGAAUCAUCUCUGACCAUUAUCAAAAGAAACUCGUGAAGGCAAUGUGUGAAGCACAGAAGGAGGCUCAGAGGAAACCAGGCAGAGUGUUCAUCUGGGGCUGAUCCCUGCCAUUAUCAGCCGAUUCCCUCCAAGAAAGACCAAAUCGAUCAACAACGUCGAAAGUCGCUUACUUCAAGAGGAAAUAUGCGGAAGAGGAGGAUGUACAGAGAGACAUUCACGGCUAUUUCCAGAGACACCUGAUACUGCCAGAAGACCGCAGCUGCAUCCUCAAACUCUCCAUGGAGAAGCUGAGGUUCCUGGAGGACCCGGAGGCAUACCUGCGGCGCUCUGUGCUCAUCAACAACCUGCUGCGGAAGAUUCACCACGAGGAGGAGGAGAUGGAGGAAGGGCGGGGGGCCUGCGAGCGGGGGCCCAGCCAGAGCCUGCUGUACUCGGACAGAAAGAGGCUGAAGCUGGUGGUGGCGGACUGCUGCUCCCAGACCUUUGGGUAUGAGGAGAUACAGCACUACCAUGUCGUGCCCUACAGCUCCACCAGCUACCUUUACCGGCUGGGCAGCUACCCCACUGGCAUGCCUGACCACAGCGCUAAAGUCCUGGUCUAUAAACUGGAUGAUAACGGGUGAGCGGGUUUCUUGCUACCGACACAUGGAAAGAAACAGAUACUCACCCACACACCUGCACACGAUAAAGCAACAUUUAGUCACAGCCUGAGAUCGCUGCAGCGUGGGCUGCCUCAUUGAGUGCCUGUGCUGGCAGCGGCUCCGCAAUCUGAAACGGUUGUUCAUAUCGGGCUGAAAAGACAUUUAUGGUCUGAAUGUACAGUAACAGUACAAAGCAACAGCUUGUUUUAAAAGGACACAUUGAUAUUGAAGAUUCACUGCCAUGGAAUAUCUGAAUAAUAAACAACUUAUAACCAGACUGUUUUAGAACCAGUAUCAUUUUCAGGGAUACUUUUUUUCAGUGUAGUUAUUCAAAUCAUGCUAUAGCAUUAAUGUACUUGUUUGAGAACAACUGAAAUGCCUAAAUUAUCAUAGCUAUAAAUCACAAUUUUGAUGUUUCCGAGUAAAGUGUCGUUGUAUACAAUCACAUUCUUUCUGUGUACCCAAUUGUGAAAAGCCAUAUUUGUGUUGCAGAAUAAAUUAUAUUUCAGACAAAGUCUUCUAUUUAAAAUACUUUGGAACUAUGAAAGAAUAUCGUAUAUAUUAAAUACUUUGAAUCUGUGAGCAAGAAGACAUAAGCCAGAUGAUAAAAACAUUCACAGGAACAUCUUUCAGAAGUGUACAUUUUUACAUUGCAGGAAACAUUUUAAUUGUAGUUUAGUUUUUUGAACAGGAGCAGCACAAGAUAUAUAAACCAUGAACUUGAGGAGGUAAAACAGCAGUAAAAGCCACCUAUUAAGCCAGCAUAUGUUCAGUCGAAGAUUUUUUUCGUGUUGAUGUCUCUAGUGUGGAACUGAAGCAGAAUUAUUUUGGAAAUGUCACCAUGGUAGAGGCAAACUCAUUCACACUCUUACUAAUGGCAUUGUACUGCCCUCUACUGGUAACAGUUUAUAGGUGAGUUUGUAUUUUCAUUGUAGAUUUGCACUACAGGAAUAGCUGGUAAAACUACUCUGUUCCUGCUGUACAAAUGGCACAGGCUAAUUUCUGAGGUUAAAUUUGUCACAUUGUUUUUCUUUACUUCUGAUUACUGUCUGUCACCAUCCCUAAAUGUUUCUGUCUUCUGGAUUCAUAUAAUAUUUUGUUAGUCCAGCUGUAUAUUUGCAUAUUGAAAAGCCACAUAAUUUAUGUAUAUGUAUGGCCACUCAGUGAACUUGACUAUCUUCAAUAUUACUAACUUCACAGUGAAGCAGGCUUCUAAGCAUGUUCUCCGCAAAUACUUUUUUGUUAUUUGCAAAAAACUGAUGUGCAUCAUUUCUUAACCAGUGCAUGUAAGGUCACAGGCCUUGAGAUAGAAGAGUGUAUCUUGCAGUUGUGUGUUUAAUCUCUUGCAGAGUCAAACCAAAGACUUAAAAAUGGUAUUUGUUGACUCUUUACCUGUGCAGCAAUUUAAAGGAGAAUAAAACUCAAAUCCACAUUGGUCUUGGUCAUAGUGACUACAGAUAGACAGACCAGCUAGGCACAGGCUGCAGGGACCUGCCUCUCCACUCACAGGGGAAUACUUCUUAGGAAAAGCUGCUAUAGUGUUGUUGUGAUGGACUUCUCAUGUCUACACUUUGAAGCCAGAACAGUCUCAGAUCUUUAGUCCAAGUCUCGGAAUUCUGAUUUUGUUUCAUUUAUAUGCUGUAUGCUCUGUGCUGUGUCAUUUGUUGAAAGAUUGCUUGUUCCUGCCAAAAUCAAUUUUGAUAUAAGUUUGUGGAUUGUUUUUUAAAAAUUUGAGAAAUGGAUACAAUAAUGUAUGAUUGUUUAGCAUUAUAUGGUCAUAAAUCAAAGAUAGCUUAAUUGCAUAUAUGUGGAAUAAAAAGAAAACAAUAAUGCCAUAUUUAAAUACCUGUGCCGCCAACAAUUUUUCUGUACAGAGUGUCAAAGUCAUUGUUAUUUUGAUAUGUCCAUGUCAUUCUAAUCAGUUUUCUGAAAAGUGACUCAAAAGUGCUAUGAAAUGACUCAUUCGGUAAUUAUACAGUUGGUAAUAUUUUUCUGAAUUGAAAAGUAGAUGCAAAAUAUUUUACUCUAUGAAAUUAUUUUUUGAAGACAAUAACUGUUCAAUAUUUCUUCAAAAUAUUCUUCUUAAAAAUAAUGUUAUUUUGGCAAAUGUAUUGAAAAAGUAGCAUCAAUGAUCUGCCUUAUUUUCAAGGAUGUUUACUAUCAAAUAAAAAUGUAAAACAUUAAAAA